CGGGGUGUCCUGGCAGAACAGUGCGUUCGGGCGUCGUCUCGCUGGAAGUCGAGUCCACACUCUGCAGCGACUCCUCAGCUCUGAGACGGUUGCUCCUGCGUGACCGUGGCGCAGGCAGUGGGCAGUGUCACCUUUUACUAAGUUGUGGGGAACCGUCCGCCCAGGCUCUGCCGCGCGUGGACUCGGGGCCCUUCCUGCCCUGCUAGAAGUGCCACCCGCUGCCACACGCGGUGACUCUCUGGUGUCUCCAGGCAGCGUGUGGCGGGCUCUGGCCAGGAGACUCCGGACCCCGGCAGCCGCCUCCGUCCUCUGUGCUGGACCCCAGCGCCCCCCAGCGCCGCUCCCGAGCCCUCGCGCGUCUGUGAGAGCAGCGACCAUGGACGAAUCUCUGGCUGCCGGCCCUGAGAUGAGAAAUGUUCCCUUAGAAGGGACGGUGUCAUUUGAAGAUGUGGCUGUGAACUUCACGUGGGAGGAGUGGCGGUGCCUGAGUGAAGCUCAGAGGACCUUGUACCGGGAUGUGAUGCUGGAGACCUGCAGUCACCUGGUGUCCCUAGGGCAUUGUGUUACCGAUCCUGAGGAGAGCAUCAAGUCGGGGCAGGAAUUACAGCCGUGGUCUGUGGGCGAUCCCCCAAGCCGGGACCUCUCAGAUGUCCAUACUGUGGAUCACCUGACUCAGGACAGCCCUGCAAAACAGGGCGGACAUUUGUGGCAAGUUCUUACCACCAGCUGCAAAAUACCAUCCAACGUGAGAAGUGAGUUAUGGGAAAAAAGCAAUUUGGACUCAAUUUGUUGUUUGACCCAGAGUAUCAAAAAUGGAAACAAUUCAGCAAUGAUGCCUGAGAACUUUUCUAUACAUAGGACCAUGAUGAUCCCUGGUGAGCCUCAUGAAGAGCAUGCUGGAGAGAACGAGGAGGUCUUUAGUAGAAUGAGGGAACCCAUCAAGUAUCCUGAGCACCAGAACUUUCAACAGCCUUUUGAGUUUUGUGAACAAGGAAAAGUCUUGAGUGAAGAAACAAUAUUUACACCUAGACGGGCCCUUCCGGAAGGGACUGCCCGUAAAUACAAUGAGUGCAGGGACACCCGUGAUGAGGCACCUUUAGUUGUCCAAGAUAGAACCCCAGGGGGACAGACUCCCUGUAGUUCUAAUGAGAAGGGAAGACCUGCAGAGAUGACUCCAGUGCAUUUGAAUCCUCCUAGGUAUGUUGAACAUGAGCAGCAGGAAUGUUAUGAAAGUGGGGCCAGUCUCAGCAACACGUUUCACACCUAUCCCUGUGAGAGUACCCAGUUAGGACAGAAUAAUUUUGGAUAUAAGAGAUAUGGUGAAGCGGCCUCUAAAACCUCUGUUCUGACUGAACAUCAGAAAUCACAAGCAGACGAUCAACCUGAUGAGUGUGGGGACACCUCUGAGAUUUCCUUACAGAGGGGACACCAGAGAAAUCUCACUGCAGUGAAGUUGUUUGUCUCUAACGAUUAUGUGAAAACUUUCUCAUGGAAGACUGCCCUCACCUUACAUCCACAAUCUCAAACAGGAGUGAAGCGCUACCCGUGUCUGGUAUGUAAGAAAACUUUCAGGUGGAAAUCUGCUUUUAGUGUCCAUCAGAGAACUCAUACAAGGGAGAAACCCUAUGAAUGUCAGGCGUGUAGGAAAGUGUUCUCCUGUAAAUCAGUUCUUGUUCUACAUGAGAGGACUCACACUGGAGAGAAACCCUAUGAAUGUGAAGGGUGUGGGAAAGCUUUUUCCAGUAAGUCUUACCUCAGGGAGCAUCAGAGAAUUCACACUGGAGAGAAGCCUUAUGAAUGUCAAGAGUGUAGGAAGAUUUUCCCCUGGAAAUCAUCCCUCAGUUACCAUCAGAGAAGUCACACUGGAGAGAAACCCUAUGAAUGUGAAGAGUGUGGGAAAGCUUUUUCCAGUAAGUCUUACCUCAGUGAGCAUCAGAGAAUUCACACUAGAGAAAAGCCUUAUGAAUGUCAAGAGUGUAGGAAGAUUUUCUCCUGGAGAUCAUCCCUCAGUGACCAUCAGAGAAGUCACACUGGAGAGAAACGCUAUGAGUGUCAAGAGUGUAGGAAGACUUUCCCCUGGAGAUCAUCCCUCAGUCACCAUCAGAGAAGUCACACUGGAGAGAAACCCUAUGAUUGUGAAGGGUGUGGAAAAACUUUUUCCAGUGUGUCAUCCCUCGGUCGCCAUCAGAGAAGUCACACUGGAGAGAAACCCUAUGAAUGUCAAGCAUGUAGGAAAGUGUUCUCCUGUAAGUUAGUUCUUGUUUUACAUGAGAGGACUCACACUGGAGAGAAAUCCUAUGAAUGUGAAGGGUGUGGGAAAGCUUUUUCCAGUAAGUCUUACCUCAGUGGGCAUCAGAGAAUUCACACUGGAGAGAAGCCUUAUGAAUGUCAAGAGUGUAGAAAGACUUUCCACUGGAAAUCAUCCCUCGUUAUCCAUCAGAGAAGUCACACUGGAGAGAAGCCUUAUGAAUGUCAAGAGUGUAGGAAGACUUUCCCCUGGAGAUCAUCCUUCAGGUACCAUCAGAGAAGUCACACUGGAGACAAACCCUAUGAUUGUGAAGAGUGUGGGAAAGCUUUUUCCAGUAAGUCAUCCCUCAGUCACCAUCAGAGAAGUCACACUGGAGAGAAACCCUAUGAAUGUGAAGGGUGUGGGAAAGCUUUUUCCAGUAAGAAAUCCCUCAGAUACCAUCAGAGAAGUCACUCUGGAGAGAAGCCUUAUGAAUGUCAAGAGUGUAGUAAGACUUUCCAAUGGAAAUCAUCCCUCAGUCAACAUCAGAGAAGUCAUUCUGGUGAGAAAUGCUUUGACUGUGAAGGGUGUGGGAAAGUUUUUUAUAGUAAGACACACUUCAUUACACAUCAGAGAAUUCACACUGGAGAGAAGCCUUAUGAUUGUGAAAGGUGUGGGAAAGCUUUUUCCCGUAAGUCAAGCCUCAUUAUACAUCAGAGAAGUCACACUGGAGAGAAACCCUAUGAUUGUGAAGCGUGUGGGAAAGCUUUUUCUAGUAAGCCACACCUCAUUAGACAUCAGAAAAUUCACACUGGAGAGAAACCCUAUGAGUGUUAAGAGUGUGGGAAAAGUUUUCAAAGUAAGUCAUCCCUAAGUGACCAUCAGAGAAAUCACACUGGAGAGAAACCCUAUGAAUGUCAAGCAUGUAGGAAAGUGUUCUCCUGUAAGUCAUUUCUUGUUCUGCAUGAGAGGACUCACACUGGAGAGAAACCCUAUGAAUGUGAAGGGUGUGGGAAAGCUUUUUCCUGUAAGUCUUACCUCAGUGAGCAUCAGAGAGUUCACACUGGGGAGAACCUGUCUUGUCCUGGAUUCGGGGAGAAAAUGUUGUGAACUGGAAUUUUUUCAUCUCCAAAAAUCCUGACAUUCUUAAUUAAAGCAGGUUUGGGCAGGUUCCAUAGACAAUUUAUGACAUUUGCUCUGAGUUUCAUGACAAAUCCAUCAUAAAAAAUAAGCAGCGUUAUCAAAAUGUAUUUUUCUAGAAUAAACAAUUGUCCUGACACUUUAUGUUGAAUGGUUCCUUCUUGACUGAGAUUUUCUACAGAUGCUGGUUAUUCAGUUAGGAAAAUUUCUUUUUAAUGUUAGUGUGGGACAAAAUCUAAUUACAGGUGGGUGUUAAUGUCAGAUUCUUUCCUGAAUCUGUGUGUUUUCUCCUUUAAUCUUUUAAGAGAGUGUUAGAUUUCUAGAUUUUCCAGUGCCAAAACCCCUUGCAUUCUUUGGAAAAAGUCCACUUAUGCAGGAUUUAGCCUGACAAUGGACUUUUUGUUGGUCCUGUGCAAUAUACUUUAUUUUUGGUUUUGAUAUCAAGAUUACAAAAGCCUUGCAGAAUUAUUCAGUAUUUGGACGUAUCUCCACAUUUCCCAUGCUCUGUGUGACUUCAUACAGGAUUACUCUUGAGUGUCAAUUUUCCGGUCUCUUUCCCAUCAGAGAGACUUCUUCAGUGUCCUAGAAGACUGAAAUUCAGAAUUUUCUUACAUUGUCCACUUUUAAGAAAUUUCCAUUUAUAAUAUAAAUUUCAGCCACUACUGUAUGUCUGGUGUAAUUCUACUUUAUUUGAGGAGUUAUCCUCAGCUCCUGGACAAUGAAUAAGUAGAAAUAAAGAGAUAAAUAUACAUUUGGCAGGAUGUCCAGUCAUUUAUAAUCACAUAGAGUUUUAUUGCAUUGAUUUACUACUUCAGAAUAUAUACAUUGAUCUGUGUCCUUGUGAAUGUUAACUGUCAGCUUUCUUAAACAUACCAUAGAAACAGUCACAGAUACCAAACCAUUGUUAUCUCAAAGGAUUGGGAAAGUGAGUUGCUAAAGGGAUAAACACCCCAGGAGUCUGAACCUUCUACAACAUUCAUAUUUGCCAUUAUUUUUUAAUUGGGUCACAUGCAGACUUUAUGAUCAUUAACAAUCUUAUUUAAUCCUCACCAUCAUCCUGGCAGAUACUAUCUUCAUUCUCAUUUCACAUAAGCCUAAACUUCUGAAGAGUCAGAAGUUCCUACAAUCAGAGAAUAUGAAUGAGGAUCAAGAUUUCAUCGCAGGUCUGGCUGACUCUAAAAUCCCGAUAGAUUUCAUUGCAGUGACCUCUUUUUUUUUAAGAUUUAUUCAUUUAUGCAUAUAAGAACUGGGGUACAGGUCAUGGGUGUGUGAGGUACAGUGGCUGCCGAUAUUUUCAUAGGUUACGUCUUAACUGCUUGUACCACCAGGGAGGCCCCCGUGUCCUCUUCCUUAUAAUUGCAGUUCCCAAGUCUAGACAGUAUCUUACUGUUCUCCCAGAAGCUCAGGAACCUGUCUUGUCCUGGAUUCGGGGAGAAAAUGUUGUGAACUGGAAUUUUUCAUUAGGCCUCUGCAUUCUUUAUCUUCAUUGUUCAGUCUCCUGUUCAUGUUUUAAUUGUUGUGUCUACAUCACUGUAAACCCACAAACAAAUAUGUGAACAGAUUGUUUAUAAUCAGUACAAUCAAUUAUGGAUACAAGCACUUGGUGUUCAGGUAACAAACAUAUCUACCUGACAAAUUCUUCAUGUUUAAAUCCUAAAGUCUGCCCUCCUUUAUCAUACUUAAAACAUUGAA